AUGGUUCAGGGAGAACAAAUAUCAGGAUUAUCCCAAAAAGGGCGAGAAAAAGGGCCACAGAUAAACCUUCUCUUCCUGGUUUUCAGCUGGGCUGGAUCCAGGGAGCUGCCAGGGUGGCAGCGCCAGCAGGUGACCCCUGCCAGGCUCGGGCUCUGGUGCCCUCCCCGUGUCCCGGGGGAGGGAAACCCUCCGGCCGCGGGCUGGAGGCGAGGGCUGCCUGCCAAGCCGCCUUUUCUUGGAAUAAGCGCUGCCUCGGAUGCGCCGAGCGCAGGAGGAGCGAGGAGCCGGGCACGGAGCGGGGCUGCGCCGGGGCUGGGGAGCGGCCAGCGGGGGAUCCCGCCGCCGGGAGUCCGAGUGGCUGUCCGUGUGUCUGUCCGUGUGUCUGUCCGUGUGUCUGUCCGAGUGUCUGUCCGUGUGUCUGUCCGAGUGUCUGUCCGAGUGUCCGUGCCGCUCCGCCGCCUCCCCGCAGCCCCGUCCCGCGCUCCUUCCCCCGCCGCUCCCGGCUGCCCGAGCUCUGCCCCCUCCCCAGACAAAGUUCCAGGAGUCCCGCGGACGCCGGCGAUGAUCUGCCUCGCUCUCUGCACCUUCGGGCUGGCGCUGCUGGGGGAUGCGUCCCGGGCUGUCCCCAUGGACGAUCAGGAUUACUACCUGCAGGAAAUCACCAACAGGGAUCAUUAUUACUCCUUUCCAUAUCCCGGGGAAGAGUUCUUUCCUUUCACGGAGCAGCCCGCCGAGGAAGGACCUAUCCGUGCUGCAGAGACAGAGGAGCGCCCAGGGGUCAAACCGAGCAGGAAGGAGUUAAAACAGAAGAAAAACAACAAAAAAGGAAAAUCCGUUCUUGAAACGCCACCAGAUUGCCCUCCACUUGGCCUGGAGACAUUAAAAAUCACUGACUUCCAGCUCCAUGCCUCCACAGCAAAGCGCUACGGCCUCGGGGCGCACCGGGGAAGGCUCAAUAUCCAGGCAGGUGUUAACGAAAAUGAUUUUUAUGAUGGUGCUUGGUGUGCAGGAAGAAAUGACCCCUACCAGUGGAUUGAAGUAGAUGCUCGAAGGCUGACAAAAUUCACUGGAGUCAUCACCCAGGGAAGAAACUCCCUCUGGUCGAGUAACUGGGUGACCUCUUACAGAGUGUUGGUGAGCAAUGACAGCCACGCAUGGACUGUUGUCAGAAAUGAAUCUGGAGAUGUGAUUUUUGAGGGGAACAGCGAGAAGGAGACGCCGGUGCUGAACAUGCUGCCCGUGCCGCUGGUGGCGCGGUACAUCCGCAUCAACCCCCGCUCCUGGUUCCAGGAGGGCAGCAUCUGCCUGAGGCUGGAGAUCCUGGGCUGCCCCUUGCCAGACCCAAACAAUUAUUACCACAGAAGAAAUGAAAUGACAACCACUGAUAAUCUGGACUUUAAGCAUCACAACUACAAGGAGAUGAGGCAGUUGAUGAAAACUGUGAAUAAAAUGUGCCCAAAUAUCACAAGAAUUUACAAUAUUGGAAAAAGCAACCAAGGACUGAAGCUGUAUGCUGUCGAGAUUUCUGACAACCCAGGAGAACACGAAGUUGGGGAGCCAGAAUUCCACUACAUUGCAGGAGCUCAUGGGAAUGAGGUGCUUGGACGAGAGCUCAUCCUUCUGCUGAUGCAGUUCAUGUGCCAGGAGUACCUGGCUGGGAACCCACGCAUCGUGCACCUGAUCCAGGGCACGAGAAUCCACCUGCUGCCCUCAGUGAACCCUGACGGAUAUGACAAGGCCUAUAAAGCGGGUUCAGAACUGGGGGGCUGGUCUUUAGGACGAUGGACUCAGGAUGGCAUUGACAUCAACAACAACUUCCCCGACUUAAACUCUUUGCUCUGGGAGUCAGAAGAUCAGAAGAAGAGCAAAAGAAAAGUUCCAAACCAUCACAUCCCCAUCCCUGACUGGUACCUGUCCGAAAAUGCCACUGUGGCGGUGGAAACACGGGCAAUCAUCGCCUGGAUGGAAAAAAUCCCUUUUGUGCUGGGUGGCAACUUGCAGGGGGGAGAGCUGGUGGUGGCCUAUCCCUACGACAUGGUGAGAUCCAUGUGGAAAACCCAGGACUACACGCCCACCCCCGACGACCCCGUGUUCCGCUGGCUGGCCUACUCCUACGCCUCCACGCACCGGCUGAUGACCGAUGCCAGGAGGAGAGCCUGCCACACCGAGGACUUCCAGAAGGAGGAUGGCACUGUCAACGGAGCCUCCUGGCACACCGUGGCUGGAAGCAUCAAUGACUUCAGCUACCUGCACACCAACUGCUUUGAGCUCUCCAUCUAUGUUGGCUGUGACAAGUAUCCCCACGAGAGCGAGCUGCCAGAGGAGUGGGAGAACAACCGCGAGUCCCUGAUUGUGUUUAUGGAACAGGUCCAUCGUGGCAUCAAAGGAAUUGUGAAAGAUGUGCAUGGAAAGGGAAUCCCAAAUGCUGUUAUUUCAGUGGAAGGUGUAAACCACGACAUUCGCACAGGAGCUGACGGGGAUUACUGGCGCCUCCUCAACCCGGGCGAGUACGUGGUGGGCGUCAAGGCCGAGGGCUACACCGCCGCCAGCAGGACCUGCGAGGUGGGCUACGACAUGGGGGCCACCCAGUGCGACUUCACCAUCUCCAAGACCAACCUGGCCAGGAUCAAGGAGAUCAUGAGGAAGUUUGGGAAGCAGCCCCUGAGCGUGGCGGCGCGCCGGCUGCGGCCGCGGGCGCGGCCCUGGCAGCGGCGGUAGAGCCGGGCCCCGCUUCUCCCGGCCUGGCUGUAGUCGUAGUGAGAGUUACGUAGCCCAUCUCUUCCUGCCUUUUUCUCUGCACGAGGCCUUUCUGCUAGUGGAGCUGGGUGGAUGCUGCUGGGGGGAGGGUGCUUCUCGUUUUUGGUGGGGGAAAAAAUCGGAAAUGAAGUUCAGGUCGAACCGAAAGGAGCCCCCGGUGGAGGGGAGAGACGGAGAGAAUGGAGGAAGUGUUUUGAGUUGAGCUGGAGGGAAAUGGUUUGCUUGUUGGGUUGUUUAAUCCUUUGUCGAUCUGUUUUCUUUAGAAAUUGAAGAGAAAGGAUUAAAAACAAUGACAAAGAGGUAAUUAUAAACGAGAGGUGUUCUGAAUGAAAAAUUGAAAAAUAUACCUAAACUAUAGAAUCAGUAUAUUUUUGCAACUCAGAAAAGUUUUGACACUCUUUAUGUUUUAUCCUCACAUGGGACGAAAAGCUGAGAGGUGACAAAUUCUGUUUAAUGUGAUUAAAAGUAAAAAUUUCUCUUUUUCUCAGAAAGUUCCCCUUUUGAUAAGCACUAUAUUCCAGGAAAAAAGCCUGCAGUGAACAACCCACCUUUGCUUUCCUGCUUGGGUUGUUUAGAUUUGAGGAUGCUUUGUGCUGCCAGAGUUCAAUGCCAGGAGUGUUUUCUCCUCUGGCUUUUUAAGGCUGCAAUUUUACUCCAUGAACUAAGCCUGACAAAAAGAUUUUGAGGUCAGGACCACUCCAGCACUGUGGCAUGGCAGUUCUUCCUUGGUGUGGGAGAAGGACCUGAACAAAGCUUUUCCUGAGGAUACAGGGAUACAGCCACUUGUGCCAUGUGUGAGAGGAGAGGCUCAGUCACUGAGAGGUGCUUAAUUCACAAAUCCUCUGGUACCAUCUCUUUUCUUCAUUUUUGGCCUGACUUGAAGUGCCUUUUGUGCUCCUGCACAUCUCAUGCCACUCUUCUGUGACAUUCAAGGGGUUUUGGGCUCCUCUGCAGAUCUGCUCAUCUUUUCUGGCAUUAUGCCUCUUGGGGAGCAGGAUUUGUGCUUUAUUGUUGGCUUUUGAGUAAUAAAAUUGUACAGCAGAGCAGGAUUGAGGUUCAGGAAAGAUGCAGAGCACAUUUACAAAAUAAUCAACACUGGCAAAGUGCCAGCUGAUAAAAAUACAUUAGCUUCAAUGUUAUGACCUAAAUUGUACCUAAAAAAGCAGCAUGAUUUUAGCCAGUCUGUCGCUAAAUAAGCAUCUCUUAACACACUUGGUAGCAGACUGCAGCAUGCUCUUCCAAAUACAAUUCUGUUUUAAACAUUUUGAUUGCUAUUUACAGUUUUUUGCCAAUUUGAUAAGGUUCUUGGAAAAGCAAGCAAAAUAUCAUUGAAACUGAGGAAAAAAUACAGCAUGAGUAGAAAAGUUACUGUAAAAAUACCAUGUGCCAUCUUUAUUAAUUAUUUUUUUUAUUGUCAAGGAAUGUAGGAAACACAUAAAAGGUAAAAGACUGCAGAAUGAUAAACAUAAUCAUGAGCCCUUGCAUAGUAAAUAAUUGUAUUCUUAAAUUUCUUAGGCAAUUUCAGCCCAUGCUUGUUCUGCAGACACCAUUAAAUAACAGCAAAGGCUUCAAUAAAACAGAAGAGUGCGCUUUUAAUUCUCUGUGACUGAAAUUAUGGAACACCUCCAAGUCAGUAUCAUUUCAAUUAAGUAAUAGAAGUGAACAACUCAUCCAAUCAUUCCAUCAUAUGUAAUUAUAUUUUACUAAUUUCACCCUCUUUACCACCCUUACAGCAUCCUGUGUGUAUUUUUGUAUUGCAAAUGUAACUGCAGUUUGUC